AUGUCCACCAAACAGUCCUGCCAAGUUCAUUUCCAUCAUCGAGCUAAUGUAAGACCAAUCAAGCCAAGGCAAUCUAGCUCCCACAUAAAGCAGUCCAAAAAUCUGGAGGAGACACUAGUACAACUGUGGUCGAACAUGGAUAUUGUGGCUGAUUCAUGUGACAGCUUGCUGGAUCAGUUCAUGCAGGAAAGGGAGCCAACUGCUCUGGCAGAGGGCAGCAUUGCAGCUGUAGUAGAUCCACAUGACAACUUGAUGAAUCAGUUCCUGAAUGAACAGGAACCAACUGCUCCCCCAGUGGAUGGAAUGAAUGAUAUGAAGGGAACCAAUGCCUCCCCCACUCAUUUCAAAUUGGAUGAGGACAAUGGUGCAAACCAUUUGACUUUUGGCAUGCCCAAACAAUCAGAGAUGAGGGAUCUUUUUGAAGAAAUAUGCAAUGGUGAACUUCCAUCCACACAGCAAUCUCUUCAAAUGGAACAAUGGGGAUUGGCACCUGUUCCAUGUUGCAAUCAAGUCCUGUGCACCUUACAUGCCAUGGUAUCUCACUAUGGCAGAAACACCACUCCCAGCAACAUGCCAUUUGAUCCCACCCUUGAUAGGCACCUUGUGUGGGCUGUGAAUGCCAUUGCAAGAGAAUUGGGCACAGCUACAAGGGACCAGUAUGGUGCAGCCUCUCAGGGCCUUCAACUCAUCAAUAUGCUUGAUUUGAUGGAAGUCAUUCAUUAUCCACAUUCCACCUUUGAAAAUUGUCCCAAGCCAUUCAUCACCAGCCAAUCACACCCAUCUCACCAGUCUGUGGUAGAGGUGGGUAUCCUCUACUUGGCAUGCCAGAUUGAGGUGGCCUCUGUACAUCUGAAGCAGACUGCUGAUGUUGUGGGAUGGCCUGUGCAUUGGUCUGCAAACCUAGCAACGGUCUUGAAUCAGCUUAAUAGCUUGAUUCUGGUGAUGGUGUUGUGUGCCAGUUAUACUCCUCCCCUCCCAGCAUGCUACCAUGUGUACCUCAGACACCAAGAUGAUGAGUUAAUUCCCCUUAGUGCAUUUUGCAUAAUUAACAAUAUCAGUGCCAGCAUCCCACAUUGGACCCCACAUGCAGCUGAUCCCAAUUCCAGCUUUGCAUUCCCUUGGUGGAUAUAUUGUUCUGAGGAAUAUGCAGCAGAUUCCCAACGAUUGCAAGGCAAGGGAUUGUUUUCCACUGCCUGGGAUUUUUUUAAGUUGAUGAUGGCCCAGGGCUUAUGGCCAUUGCCUGAGGUGCCAAUUGCAGACUGUCUCAAUGGCCAUAUUGAGGAGCAGGUAAACUACUGCAUUGAAAAUAUUUAG